CUACCUCACAUCCGGUCGGUGCGCUCUCACGUGUUGUUUCCUUUCGCUCGCGUGUUCAUCCCUGCCGAUUUUGUUCGAACUGGAACGGCAGCAUGAGUGAGAUUCCGCCUGACGUUCAGGCAUUUCUAGAUCGACAUCCAAGUUUGAUGCCAACAGAGCGGGGCAAGAUCAGAUGUGAGCUCACUGGCCAUGAGAUCCCCUGUCGCCUUUCUGACCUCCAAACCUACACCAGUGGCAAGAAAUACAAACACCUGACCAAACAAGUCCCCAGCUUUGACUACAGCCAAUAUGAGCCCCACGUGGUCCCUAGCACAAAACAACCCAACCACCUCUUCUGCAAACUGACUAUUCGGCACAUCAACCGCACCCCACAUGAUGUCUUGGCACAUGUCAAUGGAAAGAAGUACAAACGAGCCCUGCAGAAGUAUGAGCAGUGUGUCCGGGAUGGAGUAGAGUUCGUGCCAGCCUGUCUUCAGAAUAAGCAAAAAAGAGUGGGAAAGAAGGAGGAACAGGAACAGGAACAUGAAAGGACAAAAAAGAAAAGCACGGGCUUUUGGGAGCCCACAUCUAGUGACAGGGAAGAGGAGUCAGAUGACAGCAUGACUGACCUUUAUCCAGAGGAGAUGUUCCCACUUAAAACUUCCCAGGAUGUGGAGAUGAAAGCCACGGAGUGUGACGACUUCCAGUCGGACAGUGAUGAGGAGGCAGCAUCAGAUAAACUGAACAGUUCAAAAAAGAUGGAGGUGGAAGUGUCGACACAAAACAAGAGAAAAAAGAAGCAGUUGGGUUCGUUCCAGAAAAGAUUCAAAGGUCAGCACCGGAAAGGGAAAGGAGUCAAGAAAGCAGGAAAAGGAAAGGCCUGAGUCAUCUCUGCAUUUUCUAUCUGACGGCGUGGUGUGUCACUUAACUGGUAGCGUGUUUUCAAACUAACUAAAUGUACAAAUAAAAGUAUUUUUUUUGGAAA